GCGGCGGGGGCGACGGCCGCGGUCCCAGCGGCGGCAGCAGCAGCGGCGGGAGGAGCCUCCGGGAAAUGGAUGAAAAGAGGCUGCUGGAUCCAGGGUUGAAAGUUCGUAAAGGCCUCUGGGAUUACACUCUGAAGAACCAGCAGAUGGAAUGCCUGAGUGACUGAAGAAAAUGGGUGCUAAUGCAUCUAACUAUCCUCAUUCAUGUUCCCCGAGGGUAGGGGGAAAUCCUCAAGCCCAACAGACUUUUAUAGGAACAUCAUCCUAUUCUCAGCAAGGCUAUGGUUGUGAAUCGAAAUUAUAUAGCCUUGACCAUGGCCAUGAGAAACCACAAGACAAAAAAAAGAGAACCUCUGGCCUUGCCACCCUCAAAAAGAAGUUUAUUAAGCGUCGAAAAUCUAAUAGGUCUGCCGAUCAUGCCAAGCAGAUGCGAGAACUCCUCUCUGGGUGGGAUGUUAGAGAUGUUAAUGCUUUAGUGGAGGAAUAUGAGGGAACUUCAGCCUUAAAGGAGCUUUCUCUACAAGCCAGUUUGGCUAGACCAGAAGCUCGGACAUUACAGAAAGAUAUGGCCGAUCUUUAUGAGUACAAGUAUUGUACUGAUGUAGACUUAAUAUUUCAAGAAACUUGUUUUCCUGUUCAUCGUGCCAUUUUGGCAGCAAGGUGUCCAUUUUUUAAAACGCUGCUUUCUUCUUCACCAGAGUAUGGGGCAGAGAUCAUUAUGGACAUCAGUACGGCUGGUAUAGAUAUGCCCAUGUUUUCUGCUUUGCUACACUACCUUUAUACAGGAGAGUUUGGAAUGGAGGACUCAAGGUUUCAAAAUGUUGAUAUUCUCGUCCAGCUUAGUGAAGAAUUUGGAACACCAAAUUCCCUUGAUGUAGAUAUGCGUGGACUUUUUGAUUACAUGUGUUAUUAUGAUGUCGUCCUUAGUUUUUCUUCAGACUCUGAACUGGUUGAAGCUUUUGGUGGAAAUCAGAGCUGUUUAGAUGAAGAGCUCAAAGCUCACAAGGCUAUUAUUUCAGCACGGUCCCCAUUUUUUCGGAAUUUAUUACAAAGGAGGAUACGGACUGGUGAAGAAAUCACAGACCGAACUUUGAGGACUCCCACAAGAAUUAUAUUAGACGAGUCCAUUAUACCCAAAAAGUAUGCGAAAGUUAUAUUACACUGUAUGUAUACUGAUGUGGUGGACCUCUCCGGUUUGCACUGUAGCCCCUCUGUGGGGAGUCUCAGUGAAGUUCAGGCUCUCGUCGCAGGGAAGCCAAACAUGACCAGGGCAGAAGAAGCCAUGGAACUUUACCACAUAGCACUGUUCUUGGAAUUUAACAUGCUUGCACAAGGCUGUGAGGAUAUCAUUGCUGAGAGCAUCUCAUUAGAUACCUUAAUUGCCAUCCUCAAGUGGAGCUCUCAUCCAUAUGGCUCUAAAUGGGUGCACCGACAAGCUUUACAUUUCCUCUGUGAGGAAUUUUCCCAGGUCAUGACUUCGGAUGUUUUUUAUGAACUCAGCAAAGAUCAUCUGCUUACUGCUAUCCAGUCUGACUACCUACAGGCAAGUGAACAAGAUAUCCUUAAAUAUCUGAUUAAAUGGGGUGAGCAUCAGUUGAUGAAAAGAAUAGCUGACAGAGAGCCAAACUUACUGAGUGGCACUGCCCACAGUGUGAACAGAAGAGGCGUAAAAAGACGAGACCUGGACAUCGAAGAGCUCAGAGAGAUCCUUUCUUCUCUCUUACCUUUUGUGCGAAUUGAACACAUCUUACCUAUAAACAGUGAAGUCCUCAGUGAUGCAAUGAAAAGAGGCUUGAUUAGUACUCCUCCAUCAGAUAUGCUUCCUACAACAGAGGGUGGAAAGUCAAAUGCCUGGUUACGGCAAAAAAAUGCUGGAAUAUAUGUUCGUCCUCGGCUGUUCUCUCCAUAUGUGGAGGAAGCAAAGUCAGUGCUGGACGAGAUGAUGGUGGAACAAACAGAUCUUGUGCGUUUGCGAAUGGUUAGGAUGUCCAAUGUGCCAGACACGCUUUACAUGGUUAGUACCGCCGUGCCACAGUGCUGUCACAUGAUGAGCCACCAGCAGAUCAGCAGUCACCAGUCAAGCCCUCCUUCAGUCGUAGCCAAUGAAAUUCCAGUUCCUCGUCUCCUCAUUAUGAAAGACAUGGUUAGACGUCUGCAGGAACUACGGCACACUGAGCAGGUGCAGAGAGCCUAUGCACUCAACUGUGGGGAAGGCGCCACGGUCAGCUAUGAAAUUCAAAUUCGAGUGUUAAGAGAGUUCGGUCUUGCAGACGCGGCUGCAGAGCUCUUGCAGAAUCCUCACAAGUUCUUUCCGGAUGAACGUUUUGGGGAUGAAAGUCCGCUUUUGACAAUGAGACAGUCUGGGAGAUGUCGAGUUAACAGUACCCCCACUGCAGAAACCAUGUUUACAGAUCUGGACUCUUUUGUGGCCUUCCAUCCACCCUUGCCCCCACCGCCACCUCCGUACCACCCCCCAGCGACCCCAAUCCAUAACCAACUCAAAGCAGGCUGGAAACAAAGACCUCCCAGCCAGCAUCCUUCACGUUCAUUCUCUUAUCCCUGUAAUCAUUCACUGUUUCACUCCAGAACGGCCCCUAAAGCCGGCCCCCCUCCCGUCUACUUGCCAGGUGUUAAAGCAGCAGCACCUGAUUGCACCAACACCACAGGACUGGGGAGACAGACUGUGGCCACCGCCGCCACCGCCACCACCUCAGCAGCAGUAACUUCUGAGAAACAAGUGUGUACCCAACCUGUGCUAAACGAUCUAAUGCCGGACAUCGCCAUGGGUGUGUCCACACUGUCACUCAAGGACAGGAGGCUUCCAGAACUGGCUGUUGACACAGAAUUAAGCCAAUCAGUUUCUGAAGUAGGACCAGGGCCUCCCCAGCAUCUGUCGUGUAUUCCACAGAGGCACACACACACGUCUCGAAAGAAACACACGCUAGAGCAAAAAGCAGAUGCUCGAGAAAAUCAGCAGGAAUAUCCGGAUUUCUAUGACUUCUCAAAUGCUGCUUGCAGACCUUCUACACCUGCUCCUGGCAGACGCACCCCCUCCCCUUCGCAAGGUGGAUAUUUUGGUCCCGAUUUGUAUAGCCACAAUAAGGCAUCACCAAGUGGCUUAAAGUCAGCCUACCUACCUAGCCAGACCUCUCCUAAAAAGCAGGAAGAAGCUAGGAGGGAAUAUCCACUUUCCCCUGACGGGCAUCUACACAGACAAAAGAAUGAGCCAAUACACCUUGAUGUCGUUGAGCAACCUCCCCAGCGGUCAGACUUUCCUUUGGCAGCCCCAGAAAAUGUUGGCAAUGGUCCAGCCCACGUCAGGGGACGAACAGCAGUAGAAACUGACUUGACUUUUGGGCUGACUCCCAGCAGACCCUCACAUUCUGCAUGCAGCUCUGAAGCUCCGGAAGAGAGACCCAGUAGGAGACUGGCCGACAGCGAGUCCCUGGGCCAUGGAGCUCCGCGUAAUUCCGAUUUAGAAAGGGAAGAUUCAAUAAGCAGGGGAAGGAGGUCACCAAGCAAGCCAGACUUCCUCUAUAAAAAGUCUGCCCUCUGA